AAAAGAAAAACAAAUAAGCUAAGGGAGGAGGAAGGCGUUCACACGGUGGUGGUUGGGUGGUUUUCCAACGGGUCAAAUCAAUUAAUACACACAGUAUAUAUAGCAUUUUUUUUUUCUUUUUUCAAUGGGAGACGAUAAACCAGACCCAAAUCCGAACCCGAACCCGAAUCCGAAUCCGGAUCCUGUGCAGGCACAACCGGAUCCUCCAUCUGCAUCUGCGGCUUCGAAGACAGAGAAAGAGACGGAAAAGGGGAUGGCCCAAUUGGCCUCCAACCCUUCUUGGUUUACUCCCAAAAGGUUGCUUUGUAUUUUUUGUGUGAUCAACUUGAUAAAUUACGUUGAUCGUGGAGCUAUAGCGAGCAAUGGCGUCAACGGGAGCCGCAAAGUUUGUCAAACGAACGGUACAUGCUCGUCCGGCAGUGGGAUUCAGGGUGAGUUUAACAUGAGUAACUUUGAGGAUGGAGUUAUAUCGUCUGCUUUCAUGGUCGGGCUCCUUGUGGCAUGUCCGAUUUUUGCUUCUUCGGCCAAAAGCGUCAAUCCUUUUAGGCUUAUCGGAGUUGGUUUGACCGUGUGGACCAUUGCUGUUGCCUUUUGUGGGUUUUCGUUUAACUUUUGGUCCAUUGCAGUUGCGCGCAUGCUAGUGGGUGUUGGUGAGGCUUCGUUUAUAAGUCUUGCUGCUCCAUUCAUUGACGACAACGCCCCCGUUACUCAGAGAACAGCGUGGCUGGGAGCAUUUUACAUGUGUAUACCGACUGGUAUCGCAGUGGGAUAUGUUUACGGUGGACUUAUUAGUCACUUUGGUUGGCGUUGGGCUUUUUGGGUGGAGGCACUUUUGAUGCUCCCUUUUGCUAUUUUGGGUUUCGUGAUGAAACCAUUGCAGUUGAAAGGUUUCUCGCCCGUUGAAUCUAAAAAAGCAUUGACAGUUGUUGAUGAAGAUGAAGGUGGUGAACAUUCCAGAAGGGAAGUGGUUGCAGAUGAAAGUUCAAAGACUUCGGGGUGCGGAGCUUUGACGAUGUUUGUGAAAGAUAUGAAAGUUCUUUUGCUUGAGAAGGUUUACGUGGUGAAUGUUCUCGGGUACAUUGCGUACAAUUUCGUUAUAGGUGCGUAUUCCUAUUGGGGACCGAAGGCAGGCUAUAAUAUAUAUCACAUGAGCAACGCAGAUUAUAUGUUCGGAGGCGUUACAGCAGUAUGUGGAAUAGUGGGUUCACUGGCGGGUGGUUUUCUUCUCGAUCGAAUAGAUUCCACUAUACCGAAUGCUUUUAAGCUUUUAUCACUGGCAACACUAUCGGGAGCAGUUUUUUGCUUUGCUGCCUUCUGCUUUAAGAGCCUAUAUGCUUUUCUUGCUCUUUUCGCAAUAGGAGAGCUGCUCGUAUUUGCUACACAGGCCCCUGUAAAUUUUGUUUGUCUGCAUUCAGUAAAGCCUAGUCUUAGACCGUUGUCUAUGGCAAUGUCGACUGUAGCGAUUCACAUAUUUGGUGACGUGCCUUCGUCUCCUCUUGUCGGGCUUCUCCAGGAUAAAAUUGACAAUUGGAGAUCGACUGCUCUUAUUCUAACGUCUAUUCUCUUCGUGGCCGCUGGAAUUUGGUUUAUAGGAGUAUUCUUUCGAAGUGUGGAUAGAUACGAUGAAGAUAGCGAGCAUGUGAACAAGGCGAAUUCGACUCCUUUGCUUGUAGAGAAAACAACGGCAGAAGCAGUCUAAAGUUUUCUUGCCGACAAUGGAAAAGGAGUCGAACUUUUCCUGUUCUUUAACACGGUACCAUGUACAUUCUUCAGUUCGAUUUUCUUUCGAUGAUGUAAGUAAAUUUUAUAUGUUUUUUAUCUUUGCAACCGACUUUUAUUUUUUAUAUCCGAAAUUUUUUCGAUGUAAAAGAAAUUCUGGCAUGGAUUGUUUUGAUUUUCUAACAGAGAGUCAAUUGGUUUAAUGUUUGAAGAUACACUCUUUAUUGUGCAAUCCAGUAA